AUAGGACACUUCUGAAGAAUAAGAAGUUACCRGGCAAUAUAGAAGCCAUACACCGAAAGAAAGAAUCUUACAAGCAAAGAAGAAAGCAGAAAGAAAAAAUGCCGGCCARGAACGAAUUUGGAAACAAAACAAAGAAAAAGAAGGGGCGGGCCCCAACUCAUCAAAACAAAUUCGCCUUCAAGCACAAUCCGUGCAGCAAGAAAACAGAGAAAAUAUUGAACAUGGCCAAUAUUCACGUCUGUCAGCGGUGUAGCGACAAGAUCGAAUGGCGGAAAAAGUACCGAAAAUACAAACCGAGGACACAACCAGGAACGUGUAACGAAUGUAGAAAACGAAAUGUCAGGGCGGCAUACCACACAAUCUGUGAGAGGUGCACGACAGAAUCAGCGAAAGCUAAAGAAAUCAUCAAGGAAGCGACCGGAAUUGAAUCGACAGAAGACGAAAAUACCUUAACAACGAAAACGAAACAACAACGACAACAAAGUUGCAGAGUAUGUGCUAUUUGUGUGAAAGAAAUGGCGCUUCCAGACCCCGAGGAGGAAGAGGACAACCGUGAUUAUGUCGACGCAAUGAGUCGGCUAAAACUAAGAGAACGACGAGCUUUGGAACGAAAACUCGCGAAAGAAGAACAAGAGGCAGAGGAUGCGAAGCGAAGGAAAGAUGAAGAAAGUGCCAAUGAUCAUGAAGAUGACGACCAAUCACAGGGUUCACCUUUGAGUCCUUUGGUGGAGGAAGACGCAACAGAUGGCGUCGACUCAAUUCCUGACUAUGGCGACGACGAAGACGACCCAUUCUUGCAGGCAAUCGGGGGCGCUGGCAAUCUUCUUACAGGGAAAGCCUAUCAACAGAAAAUGCUCCAGCAGCAAAAGCAAUAAACUCACUAGAAAAAUGUCAGCCUGSAAGAGUCGAAGUCAGGGGUGAAUGCAAUCCAAUGUUUGCAGUGUUAUCAUAAUUUCAGACGUCAACACUGUUAAAGGCUGGAAGUAACAAUACAUGUCUAUUUCUCUCAAUACACCGAAUCAUCUCUCUGGAAAAAGAUAAAAAAUAACCAUUCCA